AUGUCUCUGAGCAACUGCCUUCACAAGCCCGACGAGGAGAGGACCAAGGAGAAGCACGUCCCCGAGAUGAAGCUCAGCGGGAACCACGUUGACAUCAGGUGCGGCGCUACGGUCAUGCACCCGGCGACUGAGAAGCACUACAUCGGGACGAUCCGCCUCUUUGGCAUCACUAAGGAGGGCAACGUCACCUUGGAGCUGGGCUGCCAGCAGAUUUGGCCGGGUCUUGGAGAGCCUGUUGCUAGCUUCCGUGUCUGUGACCUGGAGAAGUACAAGGGCCUUUUAGCUGUUGCUUAUUGCAACCUCCACGGCUGCUGGGAGAACUACAUGGAGCUCUAG